UGAACAGGUUUAGUGAGUUUUUGAUGACAUCAUGACGUGGUUCAUAACUAUAUAAACCCCUCGGUCACCCGUUCAACACACAGCGGAUGGCGAAAGACGACAUCUGCACAAAACACCAAGAGUUACCGAUCAGAGAGAAAGAUGCUGAAGAUGUUGGGCGUGUUGGCUCUGGUUCUGCUGGUGUCCACUAUGAACGAGGGACGGAUUGUGAGUAAAUGUGAGCUGAAAGCUCAGCUGGACGCGGUUUUUGGAGCAAAUAUGACCGGAAACAUGACUCAAGACACACCUGCAAAUAUGACCGGAAACAUGACUCAAGACACACCUGCAAAUAUGACCGGAAACAUGACUGGAGAGCUCAUCGCCAGACUUGUCUGUGCGGUAGAACGCACGUCAAGGUUUAACACCAGCCUUGUCACCACCAUCCAGUUACCACCCCCUACCCAAAACUCACAAAAACCAAAUGGGCCACAUCAAAAACGAGGGGAAAAACCAGAUCGCCCACAUCAGAAACCACACGAGGGACGUCCAGGUGGAAAACCAGGUGACUCACAUGGGGGACGUCCAGGUAGUAAACCGAGAGAAAAACGAUCCCCUCCUCGGGCACCAGGACGAGGUCGGGACAGGCCCCCUGCUGGUAGUUCAGGGGUUUCACCUGGUACCACCAUGAACCUGUACGGCAUCUUUCAGCUGAGCGAUCGUGUGGCGUGCGACUCUGGAUCGAACCAGACGGUGAACAUCUGCCGCAUGAACUGCAACGCUCUCAUUGAUGAUGACAUCAGGGACGACAUUGCCUGUCUGAAGACCCUGAUGGGAUUCAUGUGCAAUGUCACAAUCACUCCUCCUCCCUUAACUCCUCGUCUCAUGAACAUGGACGUGACGUUUGUGGAGGAGUGUCGCUCCGUGGUUCCCUCGCAGUACUUUUCUGCGUGCGUCUAAAAUAUUCACAGCGUGCCCUCCAAUGAUUCGAUUCUGUCAUUGUAUUUGAAUGCAUUGCAUCAAAUAGUUCACCAGUACAUUAUUUUACUUUUAAUACAAGGACUGAAAAGUGCUCUCACAAUUACACAUCUCAUAUACAAUGACAUACCUCAACCUGACAGAACGCCAAUAAAAGAAUAUUAUCGCAGGAAUCUGA